GCUGCUGUUGUGGACACAACGCAAGCAAGCUUAUAGCAAAAGUAUUUCGUUCACCAAGUUUUGUUUUUCGAUGUAACAACAUUUCUCGCUUUGCGCGUGUGUGUAUGUGUGUGUGUUCGUCUCUCGGCAAAGCUUGUUGCGUGCGCUUCGUGCCGUGUCGUGUCGUCUCGUGUCUAUGUGCGUGACAUGACAUUCGUUUGAAACAAAUUCAGUUCAAAUCAACAGAGGCUAAUACAAAGAAAUAAAAGCUUAGAAUGCACACCAAGAUGGAGAAAGCAGUCGCAAAUCGUCGACAGAUGGGCGACUUCAAUGAACAGUUAAGCUGUCGCAUCUGCCUGGGCUAUAUGAUAGACCCCACCACAGUGGAUUAUUGCUAUCACACAUAUUGCCGCAGCUGCAUUUUGAAGCAUUUGCUGCGCGAUGUUUACUGUCCCCAGUGCAAGGCCAGCGGCGGCAAACAGAUCAAUGAGGAUAACCUAAGAUCCGAUGACACAUUGCGUGCCCUCAUCUAUAAAAUGGUUCCUGGACUCUAUCAGCGUGAGUGCGAGCGACUCGUUGAGUUCGAGGAACAGCACAAGGACCUCGACUCCGACCUCGACGAUGUGCUGCAAGCCGAAAAGGAACAGGAGUUCUUUACGCCAACAGAGCCUAUAAGUUUAUCCCUAGAAUAUCAUCCAGCAAUGCUGAAACACUGCAGGGCAUCGGAUAAGCCGCCCGUCUGCUAUCUUCAGUGUCCCGCUGGUCUGCGGAUUGCGCAUCUGAAGCAGUUUCUCUGUUCCAAAUACGACAUCGAUGCGCAGAACAAACAAGUCGAGGUCGAGGUCACCUAUGAGGAUGAGGUGCUGCAGCCAAGCUUGACGCUAAUGGACAUUGGUUAUUGCUACCACUGGGAUCGGCAUGCGCCGAUGUCCUUUCAGUACAGGAUACUGCUCUAUGAGAACGAGUGCAUAAAAAACGAUGAAAACAAUUUGUCAAAGGUUAAUCAGGAUAUUGAGUCAAGACCCGCUGCUGCUGCUGCUGCUGUGGUGACAACCACAACAACAACAACAACGACAAAGAGUGCCAAAUCCGUGACCUUUGCCGAUGAGCUGGAAACGCAACCGAAUAAUCCCCCUCGCCCACAUGCAGCGCCCGCGAGCAAAACGCGCGCUAAAUCCAACUCAAAGGUCAGCAAGGGCAACAAGCGAACACCAUUGAGUCAGACGGCAAAUGAAUCCCAUGAAGAUGCCUCUCAGGCGGUAAGCAACUUCAAGAGCUUACGCAGCAACGAUAUGCGGUACAGUGAUUACGGUGUUGCACCCACGGCGGCUCCGUUGUUGCGCGUGAAGAGCGAACCGGAACCGGAGGAACAGUCUAGCCUGGGUGUGUCCAAUAUGAACAUUGUGGUGAGCAUACCGCAGUCGCAGUUGAGUAAAUCUGCUGCCUAUGCGGAUGAGGAAGGUUUCGAGCUGAAGACGGCCAACAAAAAGUCCUCGAAUGCAGCUGUGCGAAAUUUGCCCAAGCUUAAGAUCGAGCUGAACAGCAUGAAGGCGAAACUGACGUUGCCCAAGUCAGCGGAUGCACGUCUCGAGGAUGCCGGGCAACAUAAUCAAUUGGAUUUGGAAACGUAUGCCAAGAACAUUGGCCUCAAACCCAUUGAACAGCCAACAACACCCGGUGCAAGCGAUGCAUUGAAGUACAGUCCGAAUGCCUCGCCCAUGUCCUCGUGUUCCUCAUCCACCAAUGGCUCCAAUGGCACCGCGGAUGCCUCAACCUCAACCUCAACUUCAUCCUCGACGAAUUCUACGUCAUCGUCGUCGCAUCGCAAGCGCAAAAAGAAGCACUCCAAGGAGCCAAAGGAUGCGAAUGGCAAACGCAAAAAGUUGCAUGCGGAAAUCAGUUCACAAACCGAUGGAAAAAUGAAAAUGAAAAUCACAACAACACCGCACAAUCACAAAGCGCACAAGCUCGAUCUCAAGCGUUCGCAUUCGUUAGCUGGCGGAGAGUUGAAUGCGCUGCAGAAAGCCAACGAUUUGAAUCGCACUUUGGGCGAAGAAUCGCGCAGCAUCAGCAACCUGAUGGCGACAACUUCGGCGACAACUUCGAUGACGACUUCGAUGACGACUUCGGGGAUAACUUCGGGAACAACUUCGAUGACAACUUCGGGAACAACUUCGAUGACAACUUCGAUUACAACUUCGGGAACAACUUCGAUGACAAAUUCAGUGGAGAAGCCGCAGUUGCCUGCAUCACCGCCUUUGCCGCCGAGUUUGUUCAAGAGCUUUUCACCCGCUGGCAGUCCGCUGCCCAAGGCAGCAACACCACCUCUAGCAGCAGCAACCACUACGGCUACAACAGCAGCAAACACUCUGACAGCAGCCACAACCAAGUCGAAGCUUGUGCCCGCUCCCAAGCAACUGAAACCCACACCAACACCAACCAAUAACAAUAACAACAACAAAAGGCAACCCACUUUGACGCCCUUGCCUCAGCCUGCGCCGCACUUUGCCGUGCCACAAGCGCCGCUGCGUCAGGCGCCGCAUCAAAUGCUGCGAUAUCUUUCCACGCCCAGUUCCAUAGCGAGUGCAGCCAACAAGCAGCCAAAGCGUUCGCUCUCGCUGGAUGAAUCCGCUCCAGCAUCUAGCUUGGCCAAGCAUCCACGCCUUGACUAUCAGCAACAGCAACAGCAGCAACAACAGCAAGUGGGUGUCAAGUAUGCUGCCGCAGCAGCCAAGCUGAAGCAACAAGCGAGCGCUCAACUGCGUCUUUACGGUCCGGAGUUGGCCAAGCCAACCAGCAUGCCGAUGCUCUCCAGCUUGAAUCUACCGCCCAGCGGUUCGGUGACAAUAACGUCGCGACCACGCAACACACAACCGCGAGCAACCAUGGCAAAUGCAACAGCAGCCAAAGCGGCAGCAGCAGCAGCGGCAGCAACACAAGCUCCAAGACCAACUGCAGCUGGGGGCAACCUUAGCUAUGGCUAUGGCGAGAGUUCGCUGAGCAAUUUGCCAGCGUUGGAGAUUAUGCGACUUGGAGCAGCAGCCGCUGCGGCGGCAGCAACCAGUGCACGUUUGAUGGGACCACCGAAGCAGCCAGCGAAACGUGCUGUGGCCAUGCCGUUGCCGUUGCCACUCCCUUUGCCCCUCCCCAUGCCGCUGCCGUUGCCAAUGUCGAUGUCGAUGUCGAUGCCAGCGACUGUCAAGUCGCCGCCGUUGUCAGUUGCGCUGAGUGCGCAACGAGGCAACAACCAUAGCAACAGUCUCGGCAACAGCAACAAUGCUGCUUAUCGCACAUCGCCGCCUGCAUUAAUAAAUCUGCGCAACACCGUUCCAGUCUCGUUUCCAUCAAAGUCAGCAACAGCGGCAGCAGCAGCCAAAGCCGAGCUUAAUUCAAAGAAAUCCGCAACAGUUGCCGCAGCGGGAGCAGCAACAACUUUGACUUCGACUGGAAGCAAAGCCAAUGGCACAGCGGCUGCUGCUGCUGCUGCUGCUUUGCUGGACAAGUCGAAAACGAGUUUGCGUGAUUUUCGGCCACCAACAACAACAACAGCAACAACAGCGGCAGCAGCAACAAGCUCAACAACAACCACAGCAACGACCAAGGAUGCCGACAUACUUGAUUUAUCAGCACAGGGCACAGGACGCAACAGCACCAAAUUGGCGCCCACGUCGCCACCCGUGGGCAACAGCAGCAACAACAGCGGCAGCAGCAACAGUCUCGAGGCUGCGCUGAAUAAAAUCAAGCAAAACAUUUCCGCCAACAGCAAUUGCAGCAAUGUUGUUGCUUCAGUUGCUUCGGUUGCUUCGGCUGCUGGCGAUGAUCUACAGAAUCUGCAUAUGCUCUCCGAGUCGGCAACAGCGCGCGAAAAGAUCUCGAUAAAGGCUGGCAACAACAACAACAACAACAACACUACUGCUAACAACAGCAGCAACAGCAAUACUGCAAGCAACAGCAACAUCUACGAGAAUAAGCCAAAGAAUGCGGUGGUGCGACCACAGAAUGCCUCAGUGCGCAGCAUACCCAAUCCAUCGGCGUUGGCCUUUCGCAAUCAGGCCACGCUCUUGACUAGCAGCAGCAGCAACACAUCAACAACAUCGUCUACAACAAUUGCAGCAGCCAAGCCGUUGACUGUGAAAGCCGAUGAGAAGCCCAAAUUGAGCUCAGCCACAAUGUUGCUUAGCCCUAACAGCAACAGCAGCAACAACAACAACAAUAACAGCAGCAACAACAACAACAACAAUUGCAAUGCUGCCACAUCGCCGCGUGCCACGAAAAAGGCAACAACCAUCGAUCAAGUUGCUGCCAAUUUGAACAUACGCGCCGAGGCAAAAGCUGCCGCCCUCGCCGAGGAGGCGCCACCAGCCAGUGUGGCAAGUGUUGCUGCUGCUGCCAAAACUCCCGAAUCGGAGAAGGCAACCAAAUCGGAUGCCACGGCAACAGCGACAGCAACAGUCACAGCAACUGCAGCAACAGCAACAGCUACUGCAACUCCGACACCAACAACCACAACAACAGUUGCUGUUGCCAGCACACCUGCAACACCCGCCACACUUCCCUUGGCGCUGCCCACGGCAACAGCAACAGCAACCACAAACGCUGGCAGCGUCAGCAGCGAGACGCUCUCGAAGCCGCCCGUUCAAAUCUCCGCUACCGACACUCCGGUCCCGGUGGCAAGUUCCGCUUAGUCACAAGCGUUCCUUUGGAUGUGCGGCUCGCAAAUGUAUCUGGUGGCGCCACUGGAGAGUCUGCAAAGCAGCAGCAACCAGAAUGCCAAUUGAUAACGUCUGCCAACGCCUUCCAGUUGUAGGAGCAGCUCCCAGGUUUCCAGCUCAUCAAUUAGCACACAAAAAGGUGACGGUAAGAGGAGCGUCGAGAGCGGUGAACCACGGUGAACAUAAAUACCUUCAUUAGAAAGCAAUAUACAAAUGAUUCGCACCUAAAAGCUAGCUUAUACCAGAUACAGCUGCAAUAAGAUACAAGAUACUCGACGUAUACUUGUGAACUUGUGCUCUCAGAUACAGAUACAAAAUUCGCGCACAGAUGCAAAUAAUUGUGCAAAUAUUUGCGCUGGAAUUAGUACGCGUCGAAAUAAAUUAAAAACGUAAUGGAAAUAUGUCUGCUAAGCGACGAGCAGCAACAACAACAACAAAACAGAGAAAAAAGCUGACACAAAAAAUGCGAAAAUAUAAAUAAAAUAAGCACAGCAGCGACGUCUGUUUUUGUCGUUAUUGCUGCUGUUGUUGUUCUUGUUGUUGCUGUUUGGCAUAGCAAAAAUGCGAACGAAAAUUAAUUAUAAAAUAUCAGCAAAUAACAAAUACAGCA